CUUCAGUUUUUGAUGCUUUUCGAGUGCGUGCGUUGUGUGAUAAUAAAUAUCACAUAAGCGUUUGAAAACAAUUGUGCUUAUCGAUAAUCCUGUAAAAAUGACGGACAUUAAGAACGACAAAACGAAAGUCGAUCUCGGAUUGCUCGAGGAGGAUGAUGAAUUUGAGGAAUUCCCCACCGAAGAUUGGACAGCAAAAGAUGAGGAUGGCGCGGAUAUCAGUGUCUGGGAGGAUAAUUGGGACGAUGAUGAUGUCGAGGACGAUUUCAAUCAACAGUUGAGAGCACAGUUAGAAAAACAAAAAACUUCAUCGGAAACAACCAAGGGAAAUUAAGUGAUUAUAAUAUACUUGAGCAUAUAUUUGUACAUAAAUAAACAUGUAAUUAAAUACUCAA